GCCUUUAUACCUCACCAAAUCCGUCAAAAGUGAAGCCAUCACCAUCCACCACCCCAACCAACCCACCUUUUAGCAGCCUCCACCCACAGUUAUCGUUCAAAACACCCCAGACCUCCAAGAUGCUCUCCACCCCCUCCACCUCCCACGUCCCGUACGAGCGCGUCUACGAGCCGGCCGAGGACUCCUUCCUCCUCCUCGACACGCUCUCCUCCUCCUCGGAAACCGCCUUCCUCUCCCAACGCUUCCCCUCUACCCCGGCCCAAGGGCCUUCCUCACCGGCGCCUCUCAUCCUCGAAAUCGGGAUCGGCUCAGGCGUCGUCCUCGCCUUCCUCACUGCUCACGCCCAAGCCCUCUUCGCCCGACGCGACAUCCUCACCCUGGGCAUCGACAUCAACCGCUUCGCGUGCGUCGCCACGGCGCAGACCGUGGCCAAAGCACGACCCCAAUCUGGUAGCAGUGGAGCGGGCUAUUUCCUCGGCACAGCUCAAGGCGACCUGACCAGCGCGGUCCGGCCAGGACAGGUCGACGUGCUGGUGUUCAACCCUCCCUAUGUUCCCACCGCCGAGCUGCCGUCGUUGCCGCCCCGAUUAUUGGGAGGAGAUACCGAUGACAAAGUGACGCGAGAGAAGAAAACGACGUACAAAGAGGACUCGACUUUGCUGGCGCUGUCGUACGCGGGCGGGCGUGACGGGAUGGAGAUUACGGAGAGGUUGAUUGCGGCGCUGCCUGACAUCUUGUCUAAUCGGGGCGUGGCGUAUCUGCUGCUUUGCGCGCAGAACAAGCCUGACGAGGUGAAGGGGAGGAUCAGGGGGAUGAAAGGAGGCGGGCCGUGGAGAGCUGAGACGGUCGGGACGAGCGGGAAGCAGGCCGGGUGGGAGAAAUUGCAGAUUGUAAGGAUAUGGCGGGAGUAA